AUGGUUUGUGGAUAUCCAGAAAAGGAAUGCUGUGGAAUGGAUGAUAUCAAGAAAGAAAUCUUGAUGUUGAGCGGAAAUCAUACACCAAUAUAUGAUCAGUCCUCGUUCUUAGGAUAUCUAAGCCCAGAAAAUAACAGCAGUGCCAAUUCACUGAGCUGUGUUGCAUUGCCCACAUCUACUCGCAGGACACGCAGGACCGUUUAUACAUCCCACCAGUUAUUGGAACUAGAGAAACAAUAUACGGAAUCGAAGUUCUUGACCAGAAUAGUCAGGAUAAAACUGGCAUCAUCACUGAAUCUUUCAGAGAAAACAAUCAAGAUAUGGUUUCAGAAUCGAAGAAUGAAAGACAAAUCAGCAGCUGAAAGAAACUCUUCUCUGGCUAGCGCUAAUGGUAUUCCUGAAGAUGCUGCUCAAACACAUUCAUCACCAGAAUAUAUCAAUGGAUUCCUCAAAUCAGAGAGCUACCCCGAUAGAAACGAUUGUAUUCAAUCAUUUGACCAUUCACAUUUUAUUGGUGUAGGAUCCAGUCAAGCCACUUUCAAUGCCUUUCCUGAACACAACACACUUUCUCCAAUAAAAUAUUCACAGUUUAGUCAAUCUGACAUUCCCAAACAACCUAGUUCGGCCACACUAUCAUCACAGGUCAUCAAAUAUGAAAUAUCUAGUGACAACCAAAUAGGACAACCAGACUACAGCACAGUCAACCAAGUUCACUAUCAAUCAACCGAAUGUGGAAGCUAUCAUAUGCCUUGUUCUCCAGUCAGUUCCUUUGAGUCGUUUCAUAGCUGUGAUGCUCGUUCUCCAGCAGGAGCUAGUUUCUAUGAUAAUAUCAUGUCAGUUUCAAAUUAUAUCCAGGAAAAUCCAGAUUUAGUCGAGGAAAUAAGAAUGAAUGAUAAUAAAGAUUUUGAAAAUAUGACAAUCAGGCAACUAAUGGAGUUAUUUCAAUUGUGUUGA